AUUAACUUCAUGUCAGCCCGACUCUUCUGUGCACGCCACUCCAUGUCUGGUCAUCUCACUUCGUUCCAAAGCAGCCUCAAAUCCAGAAAUAGCCAUGCCUACUAAAACCAAGCCGCAGUCCAUACCGUUGAAGGACAACUGGGAUUCAUCCUCUUCCGUGUCCUCCUCUCGCCCCUCUUCCCCUUCCCCUCUCCCAGUCGACUCAGAAUCGCCAACUCAGACCAGCUUCCUCCAGCUGCCCCGCGAAAUCCGCCUCGAGAUCUACACGCUUGCCUGUCUGCCCCUGCACACGCGAGACCACUUCCUGCACUACGACCCCACGAACCGCUGGGGCCGGAACAUGCUGACGCUCGUGCAUACGUAUCCGAGCUGUGGGGCGUUGUUGGCAACUUGUAAGGUUGUGAGAUGGGAGGUCUGUUCUUGGCUAGAUCUGCUGGGAUUCGACCUAGGCAGGGGCAGUCUGAGGGUCGUUGGCGACGCGAGCUGCCUCGAUGCGGCCGUGUUUAGGGGGCUGAUGCACUGCGCGAGCAGGACGCUGGCAGAUUGCUCCAUGCCGAAGGAGCUGGUUCCAGCGUUCAAUGUGGCGGGCGCGCAGAAUGUGCGCAGCCAUGCGGAGCUGCAUGGACUGCUUGACGGGAUCGCAAUCGACGCGUCUGGAAAGAGGCUCGUGGAGCUCGCCAUCUAUACCCCGUGUCUUGGAUGGUGGGACGUCGAGUAUGUCCCAAAAGAGAUACCCUACUGGGCUGGUCUUGCGCACGACGUCCCGCGGUUUGACAACUGGGCGAGGACCAAGUCGAGGGAAGUGAAAACGGGGCUGGAGGUUGUGAUUAGGCCGGCGCUGCUGUCGGAGUGUGCGCUAGGGGCGUGGCAGCGGGAGCGUCCGCUUGAGGGGAAUGGGGAGCGUGUGGUAGGUUCUAAGACGAAGAGAAGGUCUAAGGGGAAGGAGAAGAAGGUUUCGAGGAGCGAGGGGAAGCUUGUUGAGGAAGAGGAGUGGGUGGGGAGGUGGUUGGGUGAAGGGAGGCCGAGGGCGUUGUUUCUAGAUGAGUUGAAGAAUGGGAGGUUCGGGUCAUACACGAGAGUCAUUGACCAAGGAAAUUGCAGCUGGUUCCUGCGGCUGCCUCGACGCAAAAGCUUUACGGGGGAUUGGAAUCAGACGCCCAAGGAAUAUCAUGGAGGCUGGAGGUGCAUCGACUCCGCUUCGUGGAAUGGAUCGGAAGCGAGGCGUCAGCAAUGGAGGGAUCGGUUCGAGUGGAGGACGCAGUUCUUUGGGGAUGAUAGGAACUGGUCGCUAAAAUGGACCACGAUUUACAAACAGGGGAGCAUAUUGCUGGAUUUCCAUGAGGAGAGGAGGCGGAUGGAGGAGCUGUAAGAGGACGAGAACGAGUUGGCGUAGUGUUUCUGCAUAGGCUGCGACAAGGAAGUCCGUCGUUUUUUUUUCUUUUUUUCCCUUGAAAUUAGAA